CGGAUGUCGGACACGGAGGCGUCAGUGAACGCCUCAUUGGGCAGAGGCAGGCCAGCGGGAUAGUUUGGAGGAGGAAGAGGAGGACUUAACUCAUUGGACUCACACUCAGUCCCUCACGCGCUCACAACGGUUCACCCCUGCAUGCAGCUGGCGCCACAAUGGCAGGACUUGGAGGUUCCCCGGAAAUGAGGAUGCACAAGGGUUAUGUGGAUCCACACAACCCAAGAGGCGGCCAUGACAGCUUGUUUGGAGUUCGUGUGCAGGUUCAAGGAAUUAAAGGUCAGCCCUUUGUCGUUCUGAACAGUUCUGGCGAAGAAAGCCACAGAGACGUAUCAGUCGUUACUCACCAGACUGGGUACAAGCCGGGCAUGGUGAGGAGGUCCCUGGACGAGAGUAGCUCCUCCUUCCAGUUUCAUUACCAAAAACAUCCAGAGAUCAUGAGGCCGUACGACCCCAGAAGCAACAACCUCAACCAUCUCAACCCUUCCCAAACCGUUCCUGGAAGAGCAGUGGACCGAGUCAAAGCCAGGAUUCCGCUUCCAGCAGAAGGCCCUUCCGAUGACCACAACACGCCUCCCUCAGAAAUACCUCCCAAGUCCCCAAACUCAGUAGACUCCGAGCCCUUCGUGUCCGUCGGCAAGCUGAUCAACCAGUUCAACAGCAGCCCCCGUAGGGGAAGGGGUGGUCCCAGGAGUCGGCUCGACCCGGAGGAAAUGCGGCGGUCACGUAGCGUGGACAGCGGCCGAGCUUCCGACUCGUCUUCCUCCUCGUCCAGCAGGGCGUCAUCUCUGAAGGGGGGCAGCAGCGCCGCGACCUCAGCCGGGAUGUAUCCUCCUGGGUCGGCCCGGGCUCGACUGCUGGGCGGCGAGGCCAACAAGAGAGCAGAGAGCAAACCCAGCAUGCCGCUCAAAGCUCAUCCUGGGAUGGACGUGACAGAAAAAGUAUUUCACAAAACUAAGGAAUCGUCGCACGGUGCCUGCGUAGACGGCGCUGAGGAAAGAGACGCUCAGGUCACUCCUGAUCUUCUGAAAGGACAGCAGGUGUCUGUCGACCCGAAUGAAGAUGCGGCGAAACAAAUGCUCUUCACCUACCUCAAGGAAGGGACGACUGAUGAAUUGUCGGUCACCAAGAGGAAAGUCAGCCUGCUGCUCGAAAGGAUCAACAGACUGAAGUGGAAAACGGGUGUGAAUGUGGAGGAGGAGAUGAAAGAUCAGGCAGUCGAGGUGAAACAGCUGUUGGAGAAACAAGAAGCACUGGAGUCCCAAGUGUGCGACUUGAAGCGGAAACUGGAAACCGAGAUGAAGAAUGAAAAGACACUUGCCAAAGCCUGCGAGAAGGCCCGGACGGAGAAGAAGAAGCUGCAGGAAGAGUUGGCCACGAGUCAGGCCGAGCUUUCCAAACUUCGGAGCAAACUGAUGGAAAUUGAGGCGCAGCUCAAGUCAACCAAAGACGAGUUGAAUCAGAUGAUUGCAGACAAGGAGCGUUCUAAAGUGCAGAUGAAAGACCUCCAGCAGCAGCUCUCUGACAUGCACGAUGAACUGGACCAAUCCAAGAAGGCAGAAUUGAUACACGCGGAGAAAGAAGUCCUUUUGAAGGAUAUGGCCCAGCUGCGUGGAGACUUUCAGGAGGUGCUGCUGGCGAAGGAGGAGCACGAGGAGCUUCUACGACAGCAGGAAAAGGAGCUCAAAGACUUGAAGGGGGCCAUCAAAGACGAGGUGGAGACGCACGAUAAAUACAUUGCUGCUCUGAAGGAAGAAUAUGAAUUAGAGCUGGAACAUCUCAUGAGGGAUUUAGAGAAGACGAAGGAGAGCAAUGCCAUGCUGGGCCGAGAGAAGGUGGAGGCGCUGCAAGAGGGCGGUGCAGCCAAGGAGAAGCUCCAGGAGCUGACUCAGCAAAGAGAUCAACUCAAGGGAAAAGUGCAGGAGCUGAGCGGCAAAGUGGAUCAGCUGAGUCGAGCCGUUCAGGAGUCAAAAGCGGUGGAGAGGCUGCAGGAGCAGCGAGACAAGCAGUUGGAGAGGGAAAAGCAGCAGUUGGAGGAAGCGUUGCAGGAUGUGAGGAGGAAUGAAGAGGAAAUGUGCCAGUCCAACCGCUCGCUGCUAACUCGUCUCGAGGAAGUGCAAAGUAAGCUGACCAAACUCAACCACGAGCACAGGGACAUGAAAGAGAAGCUCAGGGAGGAGCGGAAACAAGCUGAAGAGCUGUGGAAGAGCAAAAGUCAGCUGGAGGAUAAGAGGAGGCUGCAGGACAGGACAGUGGAACAACUUCAGAGGAAGAUGAAUAGCAUCAUGGAGGACUGCGAGGCAUCUACAGAUGUUCUUCAGAGCCAGAUAGACGAGGCCAAAGAGAGGAGUCAGAGGGAGUCGGCCGAGCUGCGCAGACAGCUGCAGGAAAAGGGGGCCGAGCUGGAGAAAUCCCGACUGGUGGCCAAAAAGCUUCAGGAUGAGCUGCUUCCUCUGGAGGAGGAUCUGCGGAGGUGUCACCGGGAGCAGCAGGAGGCCCAGUCCAGGGCCCAGCAGCUGGAGCAAAGGGUGGAGGAGCUGGAGGAGAGCAACGCCACCACGGUGGACGAGCGCGACCGCCACGUCAAACUCCUUGAGGGUCGCAUCGGUCAGCUGGAGGAAGACGUGAAGGACGAGCGCGGCACUGCCGACCGCCUCAUGGAGCGAUUAGACAAAACCAAAGACCAGGUGGAUCAGAUGAGGAGCGAGUUGAUGCAGGAGAGAGCAGUCAGGCAGGACCUGGAGUGUGACAACAUCAGCCUGGAAAGACAGAAUAAAGACCUCAAGAGCAGAGUGUCUCAUUUAGAAGGAUCGCAGAGGACCAACCAGGAUUCUCUCAUUUCCAAACUCAACAGCCGCAUCCAGGAACUCGAAGACAGGUUGCAAGGGGAGGAAAGGGACAACAACAACUUGCAGCAAGCCAACCGCAAGCUGGAGCGCAAGGUGAAGGAGAUGAAGAUGCAGGCGGACGAGGACCACGCCAACCUGCAGACGCACAGCGACCAGUUGACUCAGAGGCUGAAGACGGCCAAGCGACAGAUGGACGAAGCCGAGGAGGAGAUCGAGCGCCUGGAGCACGCCAAGAAGAAGCUGCAGAGAGAGCUGGAGGAGCAGCUCGAGGCCAAUGAGCAGCUUCACGGCCAAAUUGACACGUUGAGGAAAGACAUGAGGCGCAAACGAAUAUCACCCCCCGUGAUGAAAGUGGCGGCGGAUGGAGACGGGCAGGAUGACACUGGUUCCGAUUAACCGGAUCAAUAACUCACAUCACGUUUGAACUUCAUGAGGCGCUUGUUCCAGUAAUUCCAUUAACGACUCCUGGUAUCCUGGCAUUGUGUUAAGCCUGACCUCUAGUGGCUAUAUUUGUAACUAUUUGGUGUGGCAAACAAACACCCAGUGCUGCGAUAAGAUGUGGACCCAAGUAUGGAGAUGUACAAUCCAUCCAUCCAUUUUCAAAAGUAGAUCUUCUCAAAUUUAGCGUGUGGAGAAACUACACCCGCUACUUUUUUUUUUUCCUAAAACCUAAACAUAACUCUCACGCCAAUUAUGCAUCACUAUUUGAACUAUUUCACAUUACAAAAAUCUCACCACCAAACCAAAAUGUCCCAAAAUAAUGAUGAUAACAUUUGAUUUUACUCACACUUUUAAGUAAAUUACGUCGCUACCUUCCGUCAUCUGGCUGUCUGUAUAUGUCACUGGCUUAGAUAGAUUGGCAAAUAUAAUCAUUUUUAGACCAUCCAUCCAUCUGUUUUCUGAUCCGCUUAUCCUCACAAGGGCCAUGGGAGUGUUAUCCCAAUAAAGUGAACUUGUAUAAUUUCUUGUAGUACACCAGAUGUCCUGGAACACUAAUGUGAUGUGAGCACUGUGGUUUACAAUCACUGCUUUUGAUGUGGGUUACACCAAUUUUGUCUGGUUCCCCCCGAAUCUUAAAGGGGAAAUCCUGUGGUUGCAUGAACAAUGUAUCCAAUAGGUCACGUAAUAUGUACUCUAUCUUGACAAUGUGAUUUUAAAUCCUCUCUCCUUUAAUGUGUUUUAAGAUUUCUAUCGACAAUUACGAAUUUUCAGGGGCGCUGCCAUUUUCGCGAGUCACAUGACCUACAUGGGCUCCAAACACUCGAUUACAUGGGACACCAUUAUGCCCAGUGCUGAUUUCUCGCAUUUGAUCGGGAAGACGGAGGAAUACUUCCAUACAGAGCGGCGGAGCGGUGGGCAUAAUGGUGUUUAUUAUUUAUAAAUAAUAAUGAGCUCUGCAGAGCGGGGCGAGCUCGUCAGACUCCGCGUCAUUCCGUCCAAAGAAUCAUCCGAAUAUGCAACAUUUACAGCCGAGCGGUGAAGCUCGCUCGUGGGGGAGCGAGCUCAGGGCUCCGCCGCUCGGUGGCAUUAUUUACAGCCAAAGGUUCAAAUCUGUAUGGAAGUAUUCCUCCGCCUUCCAGAUCAACUGGGUGGCGGAGCCGCUCAUGGCCGUGCCGCUCACGGCUGUGUAUGGAAGUAUUCCUCCGUCUUCCCGAUCAACCAAUACUGCUAUUUCUUCAUCAGUUGAGGAUAAAUCCGAGAAAUCAGCGCUAGGCAUAAAUGGUGUCCCAUGGAAUCGAGCCUUUGUUGGAGCACGGUAUAUGUCACAUCCGCGCACGUUGGUUAUGUGACUCGCGAAAAUGGCACCUGAAGAUUCAUAAUUGUCGAUAAAAAUCUUCUCAAAACACUAUUAAAUGAGAGAGGAUUUAAAAUCACAUUGUCAAGAUAGAGUACAUAUUACGUGACCGAUUGGAUACAUUGUUACUUGGAAACCAGUGGAUUUCCCCUUUAAGGCUGGUCUUUUAUUUUGUGACAUUUUGAUGCUUUCAUCUUGCCCUUGAUUGUGUAGUGACCAUUCCAGGGAAUUAUACAAAAUGUCAUGAAAACAGAAAUAUAAAGCAGCUUCAAAGUGUGUGAAAAUAGUUUGGUGAGCAAAUAUUGCGAGCAAGGCCUUUUCUUAUCUGCAACGUCGGCGACCUCACAAAUGUUCCUUUGUGUGUUUUCCUCACGACCAUGCGGCUCCGGCUCAAUACCUUUGUCCACAUUGUUCAAACUCAUCUCUGUCUUACCUCCCCACUAAUAUUUCCAAUGUACUGUGACCCUUUUCAAAAUGCCUUUUGGUGUUUAUAAACCUUCAGAGGCUCUGUACAAAAUAAAAAAAUAAAACCAAUUCAAAAGG